GCCACCCCGGGGGCCCCCCGCGCCCCUGCCCCCCGCGCAAGCCCCGGCCAUGGCGGCCGUGCGCGGGGCGCCCCUGCUCGGCUGUCUCCUGGUGCUCCUGGCGCUGUGCCCCGGGGGGCGCCCGCAGACGGUGCUGACCGACGACGAGAUCGAGGAGUUCCUCGAGGGUUUCCUGUGGGAGUUGGAGCCUGAGACCCGGGAGGACGACCUGGAGGAGCCGCCGCCCCCCGAGCCCACCCUGCGCGCCCGCAAAGCCCAGGCGGGGGGCAAGCCGGGGGCGCGCCCGGGGGUAGCCAAAGAGGCACCUCUGGAAAAGGCCAAAGACAAAGGGAAGAAAGGGAAGAAGGACAAAGGUCCCAAGGCAACCAAGCAGCCCCUGGAGGGGUCCCUCAGGCCACCCAAGAAACCCAAGGAGAAGCCACCUAAGGCCACCAAGAAACCCAAGGAGAAGCCACCCAAGGCCACCAAGAAGCCCAAGGAGAAACCACCCAAGGCCACCAAGAAGCCCAAGGAGAAACCACCCAAGGCCACCAAGAGGCCCUUGGCUGGGAAGAGGCCCCCCACCGAAACCCCGUGGUGGCCACGGCCCCUGCCUCCCAGCCCCGGCCCCGAGGAGCUGCCUCGCGGGGGAGGCGGGGCCCUCCCAAGUCCUUGGCUGGGUCCAGGAGGAGAAACUGAUUCGGAGCGCCAGUCUGAGCCAGAAGAGGAGACCGAACCACCCACCCUGGACUACAAUGACCAGAUAGAGAGGGAGGACGAUGAGGAUUUUGAGUACAUCCGACGGCAGAAGCAGCCUCGGCCACCCCCCAGCAGGAGGAGGCCGGAGCCCCCAGAGGAGAAGGCCGAGCCGCCCGGGCCUGGGCUGGAGGCCCCUAAGGAGAGGAUCGAGCCUCCUCCGAAGCCGCUGCCGCCCCCCCUGCCUCCCGACUAUGGAGAUGGCUACGUGAUCCCCCACUAUGACGACAUGGACUAUUACUUCGGGCCUCCCAGACCCAGGAAACCCCACACUGAGCUAGAGACAGAUGAAGAGAAGGAGGAGCUGAAGAAACCCAAAAAGGAGGGCAGCCCCAAAGAGGAGGAGACAGAUGACAAGUGGACUGUGGAGAAGGACAAGGACCACAAAGGGCCCCGGAAGGGUGAGGAGCUGGAGGAGGAGUGGGCUCCGACAGAGAAAGGGCGUGGGGGGGGAAGGGGAAGGGCUGGCCAGGGUGGGGGCGUGGCUGGCAGUUGGACAGCUCAGGGCCCCGCCCGCCCGCCUUCGGCAGCUGUCCACAGUUACUACGCACAGAACGAGGUGGUGACCACUGACAACCUGGACUUCCGGCACCACAGCUACAAGGACAUGCGCCAGCUGAUGAAGGUGGUGAACGAGGAGUGCCCCACUAUCACCCGCACAUACAGCUUGGGAAAGAGCUCACGCGGGCUCAAGAUCUAUGCCAUGGAGAUCUCAGACAACCCCGGGGAUCACGAGCUGGGGGAACCCGAGUUCCGAUACACGGCUGGGAUUCACGGCAACGAGGUGCUGGGCAGAGAGCUGCUACUGCUUUUUAUGCAGUACUUGUGCCGCGAGUACCGGGACGGGAACCCGCGCGUGCGCAGCCUGGUGCAGGACACGCGCAUCCACCUGGUGCCCUCGCUGAACCCCGACGGCUACGAGGUGGCAGCGCAGACGGGCUCCGAGUUUGGGAACUGGGCGAUGGGGCUGUGGACUGAGGAGGGUUUUGACAUCUACGAAGACUUCCCAGAUCUCAACUCUGUGCUCUGGGGAGCAGAGGAGAGGAAAUGGGUCCCCUACCGGGUCCCCAACAAUAACCUGCCGAUUCCUGAACGCUAUCUCUCCCCAGAUGCCACGGUGUCCACGGAGGUCCGAGCCAUCAUUGCCUGGAUGGAGAAGAACCCCUUCGUGCUGGGGGCCAACCUGAACGGCGGUGAGCGGCUCGUGUCCUACCCCUACGACAUGGCCCGAACACCCACCCAGGAGCAGCUGCUGGCCGCGGCCAUGGCGGCGGCCCGGGGAGAAGACGAGGACGAGUUUUCUGAGGCCCAGGAGACCCCGGACCACGCCGUCUUCCGCUGGCUGGCCAUCUCCUUCGCCUCUGCCCACCUCACCAUGACGGAGCCGUACCAGGGCGGGUGCCAAGCCCAGGACUACACCAGCGGCAGGGGCAUCGUCAACGGGGCCAAGUGGAAGCCCCGGUCUGGGACCAUCAACGACUUCAGUUACCUGCACACCAAUUGCCUGGAGCUCUCCAUUUACCUGGGCUGCGACAAGUUCCCCCACGAGAGCGAGCUGCCCCGAGAGUGGGACAACAACAAGGAGGCUCUGCUCACCUUCAUGGAGCAGGUUCACCGUGGCAUCAAGGGGGUUGUGACGGACGAGCAGGGCAUCCCUAUCGCCAAUGCCACCAUCUCCGUGAGCGGCAUUAACCACGGUGUGAAGACAGCGAGCGGGGGUGACUACUGGCGCAUCCUGAAUCCGGGUGAGUACCGCGUGACGGCCCACGCCGAGGGCUACACGCCGAGUGCCAAGACCUGCAACGUGGAUUACGACAUCGGGGCCACCCAGUGCAACUUCAUCCUGGCCCGCUCCAACUGGAAGCGCAUCCGCGAGAUCAUGGCCAUGAACGGGAACCGGCCCAUCCCGCGCAUCGACCCCUCGCGCCCCAUGACCCCCCGGCAGCGGCACGUGCAGCGGCGCCGCCUGCAGUACCGUCUGCGCAUGCGCGAGCAGAUGCGGCUGCGGCGCCUCAACGCCACGGCCACCCCGGGCCCCAGCACCCCCGCGACGCGGGCGCCCCCCACCGCCACGCUGCCUGCCGCCCCCACCCUGCCCCCCGCCCCCGCCCCCACCCCCAGCGCCAGCCGGGGGCCCUGGCACUUGGCGCCCGAGGCCACCGCGGCGGGCUGGGAGGAGUCGGAGACGGAGACGGAGACCUACACGGAGGUGGUGACGGAGUUUGGGACACAGCUGGGGCCCGAGGAGCACGAGGAGGACCAGGAGGAGGAGGUGGUGGUGGUCAUGGCCCCAGAGUUCCCUUUCACCACAGCCGAGACCUACACAGUGAACUUUGGGGACUUCUGAGCCCCGAGCCAGCUCAGUGGCCACCAGCACGCGGGAGCCCCCUGCCCUCGGUGUAGCCCGGCCGGGAGGGGCCACGCACAGAGCGACACCGAGGAGCCAGUCUGUGCAGGCAAGCUCCUGCCUGCCUCGGACGGCCAGGCACGCACAGACUCCUCAGCCAUCUGCCCGUCAGCCGCACCAAUAAAGCAAGC